AUGGCUUCUGGUAUAUCCAUUCCAAUCAGCUAUCUGGCUUUGAUAGCCUUACUUGGUCUACUGGUUGUGAAAUGGCUUUCCAAGCGCACAGCAAACUAUCACCUCCCCCCGGGCCCAAGGCCUCUACCCAUUAUCGGCAAUGUCUUGGAUCUCCCCCCGAAGGGAAUCCCAGAGUAUCAACACUGGUUCAAACACAAGGAUGCCUAUGGUCCCAUCAGCUCAAUUAAUGUGAUGGGGCUGCACCUCGUCAUCUUUCAUGACAAAGAGGCUGCGUAUACAGUAAUGGGAAAGAAAGCCCAGAAGACAUCGGCAAGGCCGCAGAUGAACUUUGCCGCAAUGUGUGGUUUCGAAAAUUUCCUCAUUACACACCAGUACGAUGCUAAAUAUCGUCUGCAUCGAAAGAUGGUUCAGCAGGAAAUUGGCACCAAAGGGCUGUCCGCCACCUUUCAGCCCAUACAAGACCAGGAAUCCCUUCAAUUUAUCCUGCAAACCUUCAACAACCCUGAUAAUAUGAUGGUCUAUUUGAAAACUCUGGCCGCAGCCAUCGUUCUCAAGAUCACGUAUGGCUAUGCGAUCGAGAGGGAUGUAGUUGACCCACUGGCGGAACUGAUUGAGCAUACGAUGGACAACCUCUCCCAGGCAUUUGUGCCGCUCGCCUGGGUGGUCGAUUCCGUCCCUGCCAUCGAGUAUCUGCCUGACUGGUUCCCUGGGACAUCCUACCGAAAGACCGCUCGGGAAUGGAAAGCCGUCAACGAAGCCGCGGCCGAGCUGCCUUACUCGUUUGUCAAGCGGCAAUUGGCACGGAAGGCUCAUCGACCCUCAUACGUUUCAAAUCUGCUAGAGCAGUACAUGGCCAAGAACGGCAAUGAGGAAAGCUUGUCACCGGCCGAUGAAGAGGCCAUCAAGUGGUCCGCCGUCAGUCUCUAUGCCGCCGGCUCGGACAGUACGGUUGCCAUUAUAGAAAGUGUGAUUCUAGCCUUCUUGAUCUUCCCAGAAGUAGUGCAAAGGGCGCAAGAAGAGAUUGAUCGUGUCGUCGGUUCGGAUCGACUCCCCAAUUUCGAGGACCGGAAGGAUAUGCCUUACGUCGAUGGCAUCAUCAAAGAAGCCUGGCGGUGGAAUCCCGUUGGGCCGAUGGGCUUGACCCACAAAUCCGAAGAAGACAUCGUUUACGGAGAGUACCUCAUUCCGAAGGGAUCAUAUUUACUUCCCUCUCUCUGGUGGUUCUUGCACGACCCGAAGGACUACUCUGAGCCAGGCGUCUUCAAGCCGGAGAGGUACAUGGCGCCCCUGAAUGAGCCCGAUCCCAGUGAUCUCGCCUUUGGCUAUGGCCGAAGAGCCUGUGCUGGCCGCUUUUUCGCGGACGCGAGCGUUUACAUCACCGUCGUACGACUGCUGGCAGUCUUUCAGAUCCGUAAGGCAAAGGAUGCGCACGGCAACGACAUUCCUGUCAAGCUUGAGUCGGUGUCCGGCAUGGUCAAUCGCCCCAAACCAUACCAAUUCAAGAUCGAGCCACGCAGCGCGCAUUACGCAGAUCUUCUGCGCCGCAUUGAGGCUGAGCAAGGCCCGAUGGCCGGGGAUGCACCUCUCCUCAAUAUAAGCACGGUGUAG